AUGGGUGGAGGCUUUGUUGGCAAACUCAGGGAGGGGGUUGCUGGGAUUGGUGCGCUGGAGGAAAUGGAGAAUCAGCAAGUAGGAGAACUUGUAUCUGAAACAUUCACAUGGACCAUUGAAAACUUCUCAAAGUUGAAGAACCAGAAGCUUUACUCUGAGGUUUUCCUCAUCGGUGAUUGGAAAUGGCGGAUACUUAUAUUUCCAAAAGGGAACAACGUGAAGCAGUUGUCCGUGUAUUUGGAGGUUGUAGAUGCUUCAGACUUGCCAUUUCUGUGGACUAGAUAUGCCGAAUUCAGCUUGACUGUGGUUAAUCAACUGAAUAGCAACAAGUCAAUAACUAAGGACAGUAAGCAUGGGUUCAAUUCAAGUGAGAGUGAUUGGGGUUUCACAUCAUUCAUGGCUUUAAGUGAGCUUUGUGACUCUAACAAAGGCUUUCUUAGGAAUGAUAAGUGUAUUAUUGAAGCUGACGUUUCAGUCCGUAAGGUUGACAUUAAGAUUUUGGAAGACCAAGGAACUGGCAGUUCUGCAACAAUAGAGCCUUCAGAGCAAGAAGAUCAAGGGCAGGAACCUUCGAGUGUGGAUUCUGUACAAGUUCCACACUCGUCAGUUACAACACCUAGUUCUGAACAGGUGGUUGCUUUCCAGGAUGCACCAAGUUCCAGACAAGUUUUCAUUGAGCCUACUGAUAGCUAUGUUGACCCUUCCAUAGUCAAGGUGCAUGACAAAGUGCCCUUCACUCCAGUUGGAAAGCUCAUGGAUUUUAGGGGUUUGGGGAAAAUAGAGAAAGUUUUUGUUCCAUUGCUAGAGGAAGUUUGUUCAUGGCAUCCUUCGUUGGUUGAGUGCCAAAAGAAGAGAAGUCGUACAUUUAUUGAAUGGGCAUUCACAGCUUUGGGUCGAGUCUUGCAUUUUCUGAAGACUACGAAGGUUAAGGAUAUGACCGAAGAUGCCUGUGAACACCUUCAACUUUUGUGGGAGGAGCUUGAGACUUUCAAAUUUGACUUGGCUUGGCUGGAGCCUUCUGUACAAACUGCUCUUAAUUUGAAGAAGCUUGUGGAAAGGGCCGGGCAAGUUCAAAAACAGAGAGAGGAUGUGGAUGCGUUGGAGAUUGAAGUGAAGAGGCUAAAGGCCAGGCUAGCUGUUGCAGAGAUAGAUCUUGAGGUUGCAAAAAGAGACUUGGCCAAGGCAGAAGUAGGCUUUGGUAAUGAUACAAAUAUGAAUAGGGAGUUGGGUUAUGGGGGGCAUUAG